AUGUCCGAACCAAGCGUGAUAGAAGAGCAAACAAGCCAGAAGCAGAAUGAAGUUGUGCAUGGUGUAGUCGACCCCGUCCUGAAGGCUACAGAGGGAUUGAGGAAUCCGCCUGCGGGCAAAGGCGUGGAUGAUGCCGUUACUUCGGACACGAACCAGGACGCAGAGAAGGCACCCGCAACCACUGGAGUAGAUUCUACGGUCACGCAUCCUGAGGCGUAUGCGAAGAAUGGUGCCGAGUACGCAGAGAUCGAGGCUGGCAAGGAUGUCAAGAGCAAUACAGGUGAGAGUCGGAGUUCCGAACAAAUACAGCAGGAAGCAAGUGAGCAUCUCGCUAGGCGUGCCUCAGAGAUGCAUCUGGAUGAACAACAAGCAAAUAUAAAGAUAGACGUUGAGCAGCGAGUCGUAGACAAGGAAUCUUUACCAGCGACUCCACCACAUCCGCCUCCUCCGGCGAAGGACAAGGGUAAAGCUGCCGCAGAGGCUGAGCCAGAGUACGAUGAGAAACAUCCUCCGAUCGACGAGACAUCGUCUGAUGUGCCUGAGGCACCUCAAGGCGCACUCGAACCCAUGAAGCUCGAGAUACAGACCAUUAUGGAUCAGUUCGCGGACGGCAAUGGUGCUGCGGGUGAACAGGAGAUCAUGUCACCUCGACUAGAACGACAACAACCAAUACUGGUCUUGCCACCACGGACGUCAAGCCUAGAACAGAAUCUAAGUCAACAGACCACUGGCCAGAGCAUAUCGUCACAGCACAGUAUGGACCAGAAUAGCAAUCAGUAUGGCAAUUCGGGCCCAGCCGUUCACGAUGACAACGAGUCACUAAUUAGCAUGAAAUCUGGAUCGCUAUUCCAACCACCACCACCUUCACCAGAACCCGAGACGAGUCUCCCUUUCGACUUCCAUCGCUUCCUUGAGCAAUUGAGACACCGGACUGCAGAUCCUGUAGCUGGCUUCCUACGCUCUUUCCUGGGAGAAUUUGCGAAGAAACGGUGGAUGGUACACGAACAAGUCAAGUUUAUUUCCGACUUUCUUGAGUUCAUCUCAAAGAAGAUGGCACAAUGCGAAGUCUGGCGGACGGUCUCGGAUGACGAGUUUGACAAUGCGAAAGAAGGAAUGGAGAAGCUGGUCAUGAAUAGACUAUAUUCACAGACAUUCUCACCAGCUAUUCCUGCUGCCCCAGGCAGUCCGCGCAAAAGCAAGAGUGCUAGAUCUCAAGCAGAUGCAGCAAAUCCGCACGGCCCUGGGCGGAGAGGCCAACAUCAGGAGGAUGUAGAGCGGGACGGAGUCAUCGCACAGAAGAUCCGGAUAUACGGCUGGAUUAGCGAGGAACAUCUCGAUAUCAAGCCCAUUGGCGAUAAGGGCAAGAAGUUCCUGGGCCUGGCGCAGCAGGAACUGCUGAAGAUCAACAGUUACCGAGCACCCAGAGACAAGGUCAUCUGUGUGCUGAACUGUUGUAAGGUCAUAUUCGGCUUGUUGAAAAGUGCGAAGGCGGACCAAUCUGCAGAUGCAUUCAUUCCACUGCUCAUAUACACCGUACUGAGAGCUCGACCGGAGAGUCUUGUCAGUAAUGUGCAGUAUAUCUGGCGCUUUCGGAACCAAGACAAAUUGGGUGGCGAGGCUGGGUACUACAUGUCGUCCUUGAUGGGCGUGGUGACCUUCAUCGAAAAUCUGGAUCGCACCACCAUUACUAUCUCGGACGAGGAAUUCGAAAGGAAUGUGGAACAUGCUGUUAGUGCUAUCGCAGAGGAGAACAAGGAACAAGAAUAUGAGGAGAAGAGCCAUGCUGCCUCUGUCCGGGCACUGCAGCACUUGAGCGAGAAGAGCGCGCUCAGUCGAGCCGAAGUCACGCCCAACAAUAGUAUGGACGCCGAGCAAUCAAGCCCACGGCGAAACGGUAAUCAACGGCUCAGCGAGAGAAGUCAACCAGCACCGCAGAGUCCUGUAAGCGAAGAUGACGACCUUGAUGCUGUUUCUGGCCUGCUUCGCACAAUACAGAAGCCCUUGAGCAGUAUUGGGCGGAUUUUCUCAGAUGAUGGUGGACAGAGUCAAGCUACUCUCAAGCCAGCGAGUACGUCGCAACCUGGCUCGUCACCAAGAAGGCUGAGUCCUGCUCCCGAACUACCUCGGAGACCCAGUACGGAGCAUGCAAAGCGGUCGUCAUCGAGACAGCCAGGUCAGCAACGAAUAGUUCAGGAUCCGGCGGUACAGCAGGCAAAUGCUGAAGCCGCAGAGGCACAACGGGUACGUGCCAGGGAGCACAAAGUUGUGGUUGAGACCCUCCGUAGCAUGUUUCCUAAUCUUGACGCUGAGGUUAUCGAAGACGUGACCAGAGCGCAAGAAGGUAAUGUUGGUAGGGCUGUUGAUGCCUGUCUUGCAUUGAGCGGAUGA